AUGUCUGUUACUUCUGUCAAUGAACUCCCUACUCUUCUUUCUCUCAUGCAACGUGCUGUUGCUAUUUCCGAGAAUCAUUUAACUAGUGAUGCAGCUUUUCAUCGAAAAGUCGAAUAUUUUGAUGAUGCCACCAAAGUUGAGGUGGCUUUACAAGUCCACUAUCCUGCCAUUGUCUAUGAACUGUUUUUCAAAAAGUUCGAGUCUGUCAUCCAGGGUGCUGUAUCUCAUUUCAAUUUCCAUGCGUACUGGGACAUUAUGACUGGUGUUGAGUUUCAUCAGAUUUCCAUGACCUCUGUUGCAGAAGGUACUGCUACUGUACUGCUUUCUCCUGUUUCUGUCAAGGCUCCUCUUCCUGCCAAGGCUAGUCCUGCCUCUGGCAAUACUACCAUUCCUGAGAAUGCCAUGGUGGGUGACAUCACAAUUUUAGCACCUAUCCGUUCUUUUGUCGAUGAGGAUACCCAGAUGCCUUCUGCUCCUGCUAUGCCUAAACUAUCUACUGAUGAGGCUGCAGAGUCAGCUACUUGGUCCUCAAAUGCAACAACAGCUUCUACAAGGGCUUCUGCUCUAGUAUCUCAUGCUAUCUCUCCUGAGGCAGCGGAAAUUGUUUCUAUGGAUUUAGAACUGAUAUGUUCUUGGUAUCAAUAUCACCAGAUGAUUGACUGA